GUGCCAACAUCAUCCCCGGAUCCACUGCGCAUGCGCCCCACGAUCCAUUCUUGUCCCGCAGGCAGCAUUCCGGGUGGAGAGAGUGAGAGAAAGACACCGGAGCUUUGAGGCCGCACACGUUUACAUUUACAGCCGCAAACAGGAGCUGUGUGUCCGGAGCAGCGGCCUCGGUCCAGCAGGAUAUGGGCUCUCCAGGCAGGAUACCACGGCAAGACAUGGAUCUCUGAGCUAGUCCGCUUCAUCCAUCUCCAUUUGCUGCCUUGCUUUCUGCUUGCCUAAACCACCUCCUCUGCCCCUGCUAAAGCGGUUUGGCUCAGACUCCUUUCAGAAAAGAAGAGGGGGAAAAAAAGGGGAGGGCGUAGAAAACUUUCCCCAGCUGCCGUGCAGACACACACAUGCUGCAUUACUGCCAUUCCCCAAGCCCUGCUCCAUCCAUCCCUAGGGCACGGCCACUAGCCUGCUAGCGAGCUAGCACUUGGCACAAAAGGAAGGCCUGUCCUCGGGUAUAAAAAAAUACAAACAGACUGUGUACACUUGCCCCUUUCUUUUUUUCUCCCUUUGCCAGUCAGCCAGGCACAUUCUCACCAACUGGGGCUCCUUUAGUUUAGCUGUCAUUCCCGCUGCUUUGAGCAGUGGAGGAUUGUUAGUCAACAGCCAGUCAGUCAUUCAGUCAAUCAGCGAGGCGGACUGAGGAAGCCGCAGGGGGUUAUUUUAUCAGAGGCCAGGAUGACGGAACCCAGCAUGGAGAACUGCCUGGCUCAGGUCCUGCAGAAGGAUGUGGGCAGACGGCUGCAGGUAGGCCAAGAGAUCAUAGAUUACAUUUUGGACAAGGAGAAAUCUCAUGACCUGGAGCAGGAUCAGACAGCGCUGGACAAGAUGGUCGAUGGUAUCGCCAGCUCCUGGGUCAACUCCAGCAACUUUAAGGUGGCUCUGCUUGGCUUGGACCUCUUAUCUGCCUUAGUGACAAGGUUACAGGAGCGAUUCAAGGCCCAGGUGGGAACAGUUCUGCCCAGCCUUAUUGAUCGUCUGGGCGAUGCCAAAGACCAAGUGCGAGACCAAGACCAAACAGUGCUGCUAAAGAUCAUGGAGCAAGCUGCCACCCCACAGUACGUGUGGGACAGAAUGCUGGGAGGCUUUAAACACAAGAACAACAGGACCAGAGAAGGAGUGUGCCUUUGCCUCAUCGCCACACUGAACACAUAUGGAGCUCAAGGCCUGACCCUCAGUAAAAUUGUUCCUCACAUAUGUAAUCUUUUGGGGGACCCCACAAGUCAGGUGCGUGAUGCAGCCAUGAGCAGCUUGGUGGAGAUCUACAAACAUGUGGGUGAGAGGGUGAGGAUGGACCUCAGCAAAAAAGGCCUGCCGCAGUCACGGUUGAAUGUAAUCUUCAGCAAAUUUGAUGAAGUCCAAAGAUCCGGGAACAUGAUUUCCUCUUCUGGCUCAGAUAAGAAUUUUGAGGAUGAGGAAUCUGUGGAUGGAGGCCGGUCCUCCUCCUCAUCAUCCUCAAAAGCACCCCCCAGUGGCAGGAGGACUGUAGUGAGCUCUGUUAGAAGACCCAGCUCAGCCACCACGACUAAGGCCACAGGUAAAGAAGCAGCAGCUGGUGCUGUUGAUGAAGAGGAUUUCAUCAAGGCCUUUGAAGACGUGCCCUCUGUUCAGAUCUACUCGAAUAGAGAGUUCGAGGACCAGCUGACCAAGAUCAGAGAAGUGCUGUCUGAUGACAAACAUGACUGGGAGCACCGAGUGGUAGCGCUGAAGAAGGUGCGUUCACUCAUAUUUGCUGGGGCCACUGAAUACGAGGGUUUCUCUCAGCAGCUGCGUCUCCUCGAGGCUCCUCUCAAGCUGUCCGCUAAAGACCUGCGCUCUCAGGUGGUCCGCGAGGCCUGUAUCACACUGGGACAUUUGUCAUCACUUCUGGGUAACAAGUUUGACCAUGGAGCAGAGAGCAUCAUGCCCACACUGCUGAACCUUGUGCCCAACAGUGCCAAAGUCAUGGCCACAUCUGGGGUGGUCACCAUCCGCCUCAUCCUCAGGAACACACACUACCCACGUCUCAUCCCCAUCAUAACCAGUAACUGCACCUCCAAAUCAGUGGCAGUAAGACGACGCUGCUAUGAGUUUUUAGACCUCAUGUUACAAGAAUGGCCCACCAAUACACUGGAAAGACAUGUGGCUGUUCUGACUGAGACCAUCAAGAAAGGCAUACAUGAUGCUGACUCUGAGGCAAGAUCCAUUGCUAGAAAGUGCUACUGGGGUUUCCAUGGUCACUACAGCCGGGAGGCAGAGCAUCUGUUCCAGGCGCUAGAGUCCACCUAUCAGAAGGCCCUCCAGUCUCACCUGAAGAGCUCUGACAGCAUUGUGUCUCUACCACAGUCUGAUCGAUCCUCAUCAUCUUCCCAAGAGAGUCUUAACCGGCCAUUGUCUGUGAAGAGUGUCAUCGGAGGGAGCAUAAUAAGGAGUAAGCUGGUGAGCGCAAGGGUGCCUACUACACCGGGUUCCCUCCAGCGUUCACGUAGCGACAUCGAUGUAAAUGCAGCCUCUAACGCCAAGUCACGCCUGUCCACCGUCCCCACUUCCUCCUCUCCGUUCAGCUCUGCAGCCGCCCUUCCUCCGGGGUCCUACGCCUCUCUAGGUCGUGUUCGUACCAGGAGACAAAGCUCUGGCAGCGUGGGUGGAGCCAAGACUUCAGUUGUGGACAGCAGGGGGCGAAGUCGAGCCAAAGUGGUUUCCCAGUCCCAGCGAUCCAGAUCAGCCAAUCCUAUCAGUGCCGGCAGUCGCUCCAGCUCCCCUGGCAAGCUGCUUGGCCACAGCAGCUAUGGCCGGCUCCCUAGAGCCACAGUGUCCGCCUCCACCACGCCGGCUGACAAGCGCAGCAGGAUCCCUCGAAGCCAGGGCUGCAGCCGAGAGACAAGUCCUAGUCGACUGGGUCUGGCCCGGAGCCGCAUUCCCCGUCCCAGCAUGAGUCAAGGUUGUAGUCGCGACACCAGUCGUGAGAGCAGCCGCGACACCAGCCCUGCUCGGGGCUUCGGCCCUCUGGACCGUUACGGUUUGAUUCAUCAAGCAAGAAUCUCUGCAUCAGUCAAUGCCAUGAGGGUCCUUAAUACUGGCACUGAGGUGGAGGCAGCAGUUGCUGAUGCUCUGAGGAAGCCACUGAGGCGGAGGUACGAAUCACCAGGGAUGUACUCUGAUGAUGACGCCAACAGUGACGCGUCGAGCGCCUGCUCCGAGCGCUCAUACGGGUCGCGAAACGGAGGUAUACCUCAUUACCUGCGCCAGACAGAGGACGUAGCAGAGGUCCUCAACCACUGCGCCAGCUCCAACUGGUCAGAGAGGAAGGAGGGCCUGCUGGGUCUGCAGAAUCUCCUCAAGAACCAAAGAAUACUGAGCCGAGUGGAGCUGAAGAGACUUUGUGAGAUCUUCACAAGGAUGUUUGCAGAUCCACAUAGCAAGAGAGUGUUCAGCAUGUUUCUGGAGACCCUUGUGGACUUCGUCACAGUGCACAGGGAGGACCUGCAGGACUGGCUGUUUGUCCUGCUCACUCAGCUGCUGAAGAAAAUGGGGGCAGACUUGCUCGGCUCUGUCCAGGCCAAAGUCCAGAAGGCCCUGGACAUCACAAGGGAGUCGUUCCCGUUCGACCAACAGUUCAACAUUCUGAUGAGGUUCAUCGUCGAUCAGACUCAGACACCAAACCUUAAGGUAAAGGUUGCCAUUUUGAAGUACAUCGAGUCCCUGGGUCGACAGAUGGACCCGACAGACUUUGUCAACUCCAGCGAGACACGCUUGGCAGUGUCUCGCAUCAUCACCUGGACGACUGAACCCAAAAGCUCUGAUGUCAGGAAGGCGGCCCAGGUGGUACUGAUCUCCUUGUUUGAGCUCAACACCCCAGAGUUUACCAUGCUGCUGGGAGCUCUGCCCAAAACCUUCCAGGAUGGAGCCACCAAACUGCUCCACAACCACCUGAAGAACUCCAGCAACACCAGCAGCAAUGUGGGCUCACCGAGCAACACUAUUGGACGGACACCGCCACGCCACACCCCCAGCAGAACCAGCCCCCUCACAUCUCCGACCAACUGUUCCCAUGGUGGACUGUCUCCAAGUCGGUUAUGGGGUUGGGGUGUCGACGGACUGUCAAAGCACCCCCCUGCUCCUCCUCCUCCUCUUCCUCCGCCUCACUCCACCCCUGCUGCCCCUUCCCUAAGGGUCCUGCGCAGAGCAUAUUCACCCAGUAUGAUGGAGUACGACACUGAGAACAUGAACUCGGAGGAGAUCUACAGCUCGCUCCGUGGUGUCACUGAGGCCAUUCAGAGCUACAGCUACCGGAGCCAGGAGGACCUGAAUGAGCCAAUCAGACGGGACGGCAAGAGGGAUGACACUGCUGGGCGAGAAGGAGUAGCGGCAUCCCCUGGCUCCGACGCUCGCUUGGGCUUGGACAUGGUGGAAGGAGGUCGCACCGCCUUGGAUAACAAAACCUCUCUACUCAACACGCCAUCGCCACGCUCUUUCUCUGGGCCACGCAGCCGCGAGUUUGCUCCUUAUGGCUACGGAGAUACCAUCUGUACCUAUGACAAGAGCGCCUUGAAGGAGGCCGUCUUUGAUGAUGACGUGGAGCAGUUCCGUGACUCAAUCGGUCAGGACCACUCAGACCUUGUAGCCGACCUUCUUAAGGAACUGUCCAAUCACAACGAGCGUUCAGAGGAGCGUAAAGGAGCCCUGGUGGAGCUGCUGAAGAUCACUCGAGAAGACAGCAUGUCCGUGUGGGACGAACACUUUAAAACCAUCCUGCUUCUCCUGCUGGAGACGCUGGGUGAUAAAGAUCACACCAUCCGAGCCAUGGCCCUCCGUGUGCUCAAAGAAAUUCUGAGGAAUCAGCCAGCUCGCUUCAAAAACUAUGCCGAGCUGACCAUCAUGAAGACUCUGGAGGCUCACAAAGACUCGCACAAGGAGGUGGUGCGUGCAGCUGAGGAGGCUGCAGCUACCCUGGCCGGUUCCAUCCACCCGGAGCAAUGCAUCAAGGUCCUGUGCCCUAUUGUCCAGACAGCCGACUACCCCAUCAACCUGGCUGCCAUCAAGAUGCAAUCUAAAGUCAUUGAACGCAUCGCCAAGGACUCACUACUGCAGCUCCUGCCAGACAUCAUCCCUGGACUCCUGCAGGGCUAUGACAACACAGAGAGCAGCGUACGCAAGGCCAGCGUGUUCUGUCUGGUGGCCAUCUACUCUGUGAUUGGCGAGGAUCUCAAACCCCAUCUGGCUCAGCUCACGGGCAGCAAGAUGAAGUUACUGAACCUGUACAUCAAGCGAGCCCAGACGACCAACAGCAAUAGCAGCAGUUCCUCUGAUGUCUCCUCUCACAGUUAAUAGAGCGAGGUUUCAUUUGGAAACGGCGUGGAUGGACGGCGUUCAAGGAUUUCCAGGGGCAUGGCCGUGCUUCUCUCGGACUUCUCCGUGUCUGAGCUUCCCCUCCUCCUCCUCCUCCUCCUCAUCAUCAUAAUGCUCACGCUCCACUGUGCUUCUCUCCUGUUUCGAGGGGCUGCCGUCAACCUGUUUGUCCACCCCACCCCCCCUGCUCUCAAUACUUGUGAAUGUAACUCCGGGCUGGUUUUAGACUUGGUGGGGAGGGAAUCAACGCGUUAAGAGUCUUGUGGACAUGGGAAAUGCAUUAUGGCUCCCACGACCCCCACACUGCCUUUUGUCAAAGUUAUCCUCUUCCUCCUUGAGCUCUCAGAUUUGGUAGCAUAGGGAGUUCAUACAUGAGUUAUUCACAUCAGAGGAGAGACACGUGUCUGAGAAACUUCUGUCGAUUUAAAAACAAUUUGGGAUGAAGUGUCAUUUGGCUGGCCCAAUGAUGGUAAUAAGCCUGUAGGCUUUGGGAUGAAUUCUGGUUUGGGAGCAUGAAAACCAAAUAUUACAAGAAAUGUUCAAGGGAACAAUGUGACAUAAAAAGAAAGUACUGUAUAAUUAUAUUAAGUUAAUGUUUUAAGUUAAUGAUCUGGGUUCAUAGAAGCCUGUGUUUUGAUUGUAGUCUUUUUUAUGUUCAUAUAUAAUUAAGAGUGGCUUAUUAAAUUGAAUCCCCCUUUGACAAAAUAGAUGUUUCUCUCAACAAGGUACCAGUAAAAGGAAACGUGUCAGCAAGAGAAGUGACAAUCCUUCAAAUGUUGUGCAUGUCUUUAUUUGGAGCUGGAGAAGAUGAAAUUGUCGUCUAUAAAUGCACCUUUGAAAAUUUGAUGUGAAAUUCCCAAUCGGAGUCGAGGUGUGGCCCAGGAGAAGUUGUGUUGCCUGUAGUUUCCCCCUGAACUCUCUGCAUUAAGCGUGGAAAUGGAGCUUUUGACAAACCAGCGACAUCUAAAUCUACAUGACUGCUGCUCAGUACGACGCACGCUGGGUGACGUGUCUGCGUCUGAAGAGGACGGCCUUUGUAAAUAUUACACGUGAUUGGAGCUGAGAGAGAGACCAGCGAUCCAAGACUGUCAUAAAGACAUUGCCAGGCCUUAUUCACUUUACACACGCUAAUGCUUGUUGACUGGGACUGCAGAGCGUGAAUGGGAUGUACAGCACUGUAGCUCUUUGCUCAAAAAAUGUGAAUCUGCAGGAGAACAGACCCUGGUUGAGUUUUUUGCUGAAGAAGCAAACACAGUAUUAGUUGUUGCCUCUGCGCUCCUUCAGCUCCCCCAACAUGUAGCCACAGCUUCUGCAAUAACCAUUAACACACACAUUAAGGUAUUUUGUACAUACACUUUUUCCACCACUGCCUCGCAAAAUUUUACAAAAUGUCAGAAAAAGUGAAACAGGCUGACGGCCCCGAAUUUUUUGCACGUUAGCAAAUUAGCUUGCAUGAAAUCUGCAGCACCUUUUGGCAGCAUUGUGCGAUUUUGCAGGGCCCAGGUUGUUGGCUGUUAAAGUGCACUUGUAACAUCACCAGGUUACUCAUCUGUAAUGUUUGGGAGGAGGCCGUCACAUUAACUGUGCUCACGUGGAAAAAGGUACAAAGUGGAUCAAACAUCUGUUGACUACAACACGUGUCAGAUAGAAAUAAGUCGGUAGAUUUGCUCAGGCAGGAUGUUGAGGAUUGUGAAUUUAGAUUUCAGCUCUAAGUCUGAGCUUUAAAAUGUUUGAUUCCUGCAACAAGACGCUGCACAGAUAGUGAGGAAGAGUUUCCUCAUUUGAUCAGAUAUUUAUUAUUGGAUAUGAUUAAGUUAACCAUGGUACAGUUCAUCUACUGUCAAUCAGACUGCUACUGCUUUUUUAAAAUUCUCGUCAUUUGCUAACUUCUAGCAAAUCAAUAAUAAUAAUAAUGAAUAUUAAUAAUAUGUUCACUUUGACACUCACUGAGUGAAGCGGUGACAAUGGGCCAAUUCUGCUUAUCUAAGUAAAUGAAUGUACAGAAUUUGCAUAUGUUAUAAUUUGCUUUUAUGAGUAUUGGUACUGAAAGUCAUUUCAAUUUGCCUCCCUGCUCUCUGCUUGACUUUCACCGAAAUCCCUUCCACAGUCUCACCCCGGGUUAAUCAGCCAAGCUUUGUUUUCAGUGGGGUUUUGCAGAAUGAGGGAAAAUUUCAGCAAACCACCGGCCUCUGGCAUCUCGCGUUGUCACAUAGCUGCUCCCAGAAACAGACAAGAUGAUAUUCCUUGCAAACUGUUCACUAUGCAUGUUCUGCAGUACACUGUCUUUCUUUUGUCAUGUAAUAUUCAUACCUGUAUUUAUAUAUUUUAUUUUAUUUUAUUCUCUCAUGAUAAACUGUACAGAAUGUUUUUUUUUUUUUGUUAAAAUACACCUGUGAUAGAUUUGCAACAAUAUAAAGAAACUGUUUGCUCUCGAAAUAAACCGACUCAGAGCUCA